UAAUAAUAAAGAAAGCAAAUAUGAAGCUUAUAAUAGGAAAAGACCCUUUCCUUUCGUCAGGAGAGAGGCGGAUUGAUAGAGAUAAUUGAAGGAAAUUAGGGGCUAUACAUCUCAUUGUACUCGCUUUCAUAUUGGAAAUAGCAACAACUGCAUUUGCUCCAGAUUUAGCAAAAUCAUCGGUCACUUGGAGUGGAGGAUUAUCCCAAAUAACUUCAAGUUCUUACACAGUUACUGCUGAAGUAAAAGAUUCAGAUGGAAAUCCUUUGAAUGCAGGAGAUAUUAUGUAUCUUGAUAUUAGGAAUAAAUGAACUUGGAGUGGAGAUUUUGUGUGUAUUGAUGAUGCCCUCUCAUCUGACAGCUUGAGUGAUAUAAAGUUGAUGAAAAUGACAUCACAUAACAAUGGGACUUACACAACAUCUUACACAGUUGAAAUUGAAGGAGAUAUCACUCUAACUGUAAUAGGUCUUGAGACAGACAUCAUUCAAGGGCGCUUCUUCGAUGAUUAUAAUUUUAAUACUUACGUUGAAACAAAUAAGAUAUCAGGCAGUGGCAUUGAUUUUAAUUGGAUGUCAGGAUCUCUCUCUCCUCUCACCUCAACAGAUUACUGAAGUAUUGUGUUUGAUUCGAUACUAAUUCCACCUAAUUUCGGAGAUAUUGAAUUUCAUCUAGAGUAUGAUGAUAAUGCUAAAGUUUACCUUAAUGAAAAUCUUGCAGUAAAUGCUCAACUCCAAACCCCUGCAGAAAAUGUGACUUUCUCUAAAACUAUUAAUGAAGAUACCGCUCAGUGGUUAAGGAUAGAAUACCAGGAAGAGCAGCUUGAUGCAUUUUUGAAGCUCAGAUAUAGAAGUGGAGCGUCUUUUGUGAAUGUUCCGGCUUCAAGUUAUCAUUUUCCAUACCGAUUUGGGACAAUGGAUGUAACAACAAGUUGACAAGCGGGGACUGUAUUCAAUACAACUACUUCUUCUUGAGAUACAGUGGUUCCUCAGAGUCAAACUAGUGAGCAAGAAAAUUCAUUGGAAGAGCAAGACAAUGUAAUGAAAGAGCAAGGACAAGCUGUAGCAACAGCCUCUUCAGCUGCUGUAGCAGCAACCAUGGUUGUCAGUGGUGUUUCUACAAUCUCAAGUGGAGGAUCUCCACAGAGCAUGUUCAGUGCAGUCAACCAAUUCCAACUCUUAUUAUUAUUCCCUUUAUUUGAUUUUUACCUACCAACAUUAGUUGUAAGCUUUUACGAAAGCUUGGAUUGGACAUUAUUCUCAUUUGAUUUCAUUGACACUGACAAGAUUCCUCUUCUUCAAGACCUUAAAAUAGAAUUUGAAGAAGCUCAGAGUAGUAAAGCACUAAAUAUUGUAGGGAUAGAACAGAAAAGCUCUGUUAUAAAUAUUUCAUCCUUAGUUUUGAUGAUAUUCUUUGUUGCCUGAAUUCAUCUGGGAGUAGCCAUUGUUUAUUGCUUAUGAAAACCUGGAAAAGAUCCAAACUGAAUGCAAAAAAUGAUAUCCAAGAUCUUUAAUCACCUUACAUUUAACUUCUACAUCCGACUGAUCACUGAGACUUUGAUGGUUACUUGCAUUUCAUGCUUUUCAGAGAUGUAUGCCUUCAACACUGAUGGCAACAAAAUGAUCUCGUUGGUGUUUUCGUGAAUAGUAGUGACUCUAUUGGUGGUGUUCCUACUCAGUGAGUGAGCCUAUUGGCAGAGAAACCACACCAUUGAUUCUGAAGACUUGAGUCCUCACUUUAGCGAAAUUUUUGCAGGGCUUAAAAAGGAGAAGUGGUCAAGAUUAUACCUCAUACAAAACUCAUGGAGAAAGUUCUUUCUAUGUCUGAUCUUGCUGUUGUUGCCUUCCUCGUUAAAUUAUGUCCGAAUUUGACUGUUCUGAUUGGUACAACUUAUGUUUGCAGUGUAUGUGUUGAUUCAUCGUCCAUUCGAAAUGACACGAGACAACAUCAGAGAAGUCAUCAGCGAAGUGAUGGUCAGUGGCUAUGCAAUAUCAUUCAUUUAUCUUCAUAAAAAGAGUGCCUGGGAUGACACAGUUGCAUAUGCUUACAUUUACACAUCGACAGGAAAUGUGUUCAUCGGAUUCAUUAUUUCCAUGAGUAAGUUGUCAGAUCUGACAAGUCCUUAACUAUUAGUCUGUAUCUUUAUUGAUUUCAAGAAGAAAUGAUCUAAAAAGCCAAAGGUAACUCCUGUAAACAAAGUGAGCCCGAUAAAUAACUUUGAAAUGACCAGAAAUAGCAAGGAGGCACCAUCGAACAUCCAAAUCUUGAAAAAAGCUCCACGAGAGAAAUAUCGACCAGAUGAAAUCAAUGUGCUUGAGAAUCAAAGAAGGAAAGUUGAAAUGAGUCCAAGACCACUUGAAGGGAACUAUGGAUACAAGUUUUUCUACUACCAUUAAUUUUAAGUUCAAUUCG